AUGUCGUUCGGCGGUCAAACACCGACUAUUGUCGUGCUGCGCGAGGGCACCGACCAGUCUCAAGGACGAGGACAGGUUAUUUCCAACAUCGAUGCCUGCCUCGCAGUGCAGUCGACAAUCAAAGGCACAUUAGGCCCCUACGGCGGUGAUCUGCUGAUGGUCGAUGAGAAUGGAAGGCAGACAAUCACAAACGAUGGGGCCACAGUCAUGAAGCUCCUCGACAUUGUUCACCCCGCCGCCCGCAUUCUCACCGACAUUGCACGAUCGCAAGACGCCGAAGUUGGUGAUGGCACAACGUCUGUUGUUGUGAUUGCCGGAGAGAUACUGAAGGAGAUCAAGGAUUUCGUGGAACAAGGUGUCAGCAGUCAGACCAUCAUGAAGGGCCUGAGGAGAGCGUCGAAUCUCGCCGUGAACAAGAUUGUGGAAAUUGCGGUAGACACAGCUGAGGGUAACCAGCGCGACACCCUGCAGAAGCUCGCCGCGACCGCCAUGAGCAGCAAGCUCAUCCACCGAAACGCCGACUUCUUCACCAAGAUGGUCGUGGACGCUGUGCUUACACUGGACCAGGACGAGCUGAAUGAGAGGCUCAUCGGCGUCAAGAAGAUCACCGGUGGUGCCCUUCAGGACUCGCUCUUCGUAAAUGGUGUCGCAUUUAAGAAGACCUUCUCGUACGCCGGAUUCGAGCAGCAACCGAAGUCCUUCAAGCAGCCCAAGAUCGUAUGUCUUAACGUGGAGCUCGAGCUCAAGAGCGAGAAGGACAACGCAGAAGUACGAGUAGAACAGGUUUCCGAAUACCAGGCCAUCGUGGAUGCCGAGUGGCAGAUUAUCUACAACAAGAUGGAGGCACUGUACAAGACGGGCGCCAAGGUCGUCCUCAGCAAGCUGCCCAUUGGCGAUCUUGCCACACAGUACUUCGCUGACCGGGAUAUAUUCUGCGCCGGACGUGUAGCAGCAGACGAUCUCGACCGAGUGUGCCGCGCAACCGGCGCAAGCCUCCAGUCCACCUGCUCCGACAUCAGCGAGAAGCACCUUGGAACCUGCGAGAAGUUUGAGGAGCGACAGAUUGGUGGAGAACGUUUCAACUUCUUCGAGGGCUGCCCUGAGGCGAAGACUUGCACACUCGUACUCCGUGGUGGCGCUGAGCAAUUCAUUGCCGAGGUCGAGCGAAGUCUGCAUGAUGCCAUCAUGAUCGUCAAGCGCGCAAUCAAGAAUAGGAACAUUGUCGCAGGUGGCGGUGCCAUCGAGAUGGAGAUCUCGUCCUACCUACACAACUACGCCGACACAAAGAUCCCUCACAAGCAACAGCCGAUCAUCAAGGCGUUUGCAAAGGCAUUGGAGGUCAUCCCCAGGCAGCUGUGCGACAACGCCGGUGUCGAUGCAACAGAUAUCCUCAACAGGCUGCGCGUGGAGCACAGGAAGGGUAACACCUGGGCUGGUGUUGACUUCCAGACCGAGAGCGUCGCCAAUAACCUGGAGAAGUUCGUUUGGGAGCCAAGUCUGGUCAAGAUCAACGCUUUGCAAGCGGCCACAGAAGCCGCCUGCCUGAUCUUGAGCGUUGAUGAGACAAUCAAGAACCAAGAGUCACAGCAAGGCCAAGCCCCACAACAGCAGCUGCCGCCCGGCGCUGCCCAAAGAGCGCUGGGUAUGGGAGGUCGCGGACGAGGACGCGGUAUGCCCAGGCGGUAA